AUGUCUUUAUUAUCUAAAAAAUUCUUUGAUUUAUUACCUUCUUCAGUUGAAUUCAGUGAAGAAAUUAAAGAUUAUAUUACAGGUUUAAUUGAUGACCUAGACUCUAACAACAAUAACGAAACGGAUUUACGAGAAGUUACCGAACAAUUUUUGGUUGAUGCUGGAAUUCCUAAAAACGACAUUGAAAAACUUUAUAUUGAUUUAGCUGCUAAUAAUAUCGUUAAAAAUAGCGAUAAUGAUAAAGAAUUAGAAAAAUUAUCUAAUAAAAUUCUAAAUAAAAUAAAUCAGAUAUCUAACAAAGAGACGAAAACUAACACCAACAAUAUUAAUAGUAAUGUUGACAAAAAAUCAAAGAAACAAUUAAUCAAUACUGCUAGCACUAAUGAUGACAGCAAGAAAACUGCAGUAGAAGAAGUUGAUUUAAAAGAUGUCAAUGUUAUUGUAGGCGAUAAAGAAUUGUUGGUGGAUGCACAUGUAAAAUUCAAGACAGGAGUUCAUUAUGGGCUAAUUGGAAGAAAUGGUGUAGGAAAAUCAACAUUUUUGAAAUCUAUUGGUUAUAAUAAACUUGUCGGAUUUCCAAAAAAUAUUCGUGUUUUGUAUAUUGAACAAUUGGAAAGCGUCGAAGAAAAGACGACAGUUUUAGAAACGGUAGUUAAGGCUGACAAAGAACGAACCAGAUUGUUGCACGAGAAACAAAUUCUACAGAAUGCAAUCGAAUCUAAUGAAAUCAAAAAAAUUGAAUUCGCUGUUAAAUCAGUUAAUUUAGAAAAAUUACAGAUGGAUUUAGAUCUUUCUCGGAAAAUUGCAAUCCAACGAAGCGGUAGAAGAGGUCUUGAUGCUAGACAAGAUUUAGUUAACGUCGAGGCUAAAGUUGAAGAGGCUCAAAAUGCAUUAAAAAGUUUGGGUCAAGAUCAAAGUGUAGAUUACACAGCAAUAAUUCAUGAAAUGCUCGAAGAAGUUUAUACAAAGCUCGACCAGAUUAAAGCCGAUUCUGCUGAGGCCAGAGCACAAGAAAUUUUAGUUGGUUUAGGAUUUUCUGAUAAAUUACAACAUUCACCAAUAUCGUCUUUAUCGUCGCUUUCAGGAGGUUGGCAGAUGAGAGUGGCAUUGGCACAAGCAUUAUUCUUACAACCCGAUAUUCUUUUGCUGGAUGAACCUACAAAUCAUUUAGAUUUACCAGCGAUUUUGUGGCUUCAAUCCUAUUUGAACACACUUUUCGAUACAACAAUUAUAAUAGUAUCACAUGACAGACGAUUUUUAAAUAAUACAGUGACCGAAAUUAUUAGGCUUAAAGACGCGAAAUUAACUUAUCACACUGGCAAUUAUGACGAAUAUGAGAAGAAUCAACAAGACGAGCGAAUAAAGAAAGAACGAAUUGAAUCAAGGUCGUACUUGGGUAAAUUUGGCAUAAGUGGUGAUUUAGCAAUCAGGCCAAUGAGAUCUUUAUCGGGAGGACAAAAAUCCAGGGUAGCAUUUUCAUCACAAGUUUAUAAUUCGCCAAAUUUAUUAAUAUUGGACGAAAUUACCAAUCAUUUAGACAUGUUGACGGUUGAGACUUUGGUAAAGGUGAUUGGAGAUUUUAAAGGAGCUGUAUUGAUUGUUAGUCACGAUAGAUGGUUUGUUGAAAAUGUAUGUGAUACUAUUUAUCUUGUUAAAAAUAAUAUGGUUAAGGAAUUGGAGGGGGGUGUUGAUGAGUAUGUUAGAGGAGUAGCCAAAGAAAUCGGAAUUGAUACUUGUGAAUUCGAUGAAUUUGAUUAG